CAUUCUUCAUUGUCUCUUUUUUUGUCUUGUUUUUUGCCAUGAUGAAGAACGGGUCUGCUGCGAGUCUGCUGGUCGUGAUCGCCGCUGUCGUCGCUGCUGCUGCCUCGGCUGCAUCGGCUGCGGGCGUCGGCACCAACUGCGCAGGCAACGUCAACACAAACACCUUCUGGAGCGGAACCCCGACGCUGGUGCGCACUGUGGCGAACGGCACGCUUUGGUCGGUUGGCGACGCGGCGAGCGGCAUUGUCCAGGUCGCCCACGUUUACGGCAGCGCCUACGACCGCGGCUUUGCCCACGGCCAGCUCCUCAAGGACGACAUCCAGGCUCUCUACCCCCAGUUCUUUGGCUACCUCUACCAGCAGAUUGCUCCGUACCUCAAGGCGCUCCCCAAGGACAUCCAGAUCAUCAUCGAGCGCGACGGCGUCAUUGCUGGCCUCGAGUACACCUUCGAACUCACCAAGGCUCACACUCCACAGCGUUUCUUUGACGAGAUGCAAGGCCUCGCUGACGGCUCUGGCAUCCCAUACAAGCAGGUCAUCAACCUGCACAUGUUCCCAGAGCUCAUCAAGGCCGCUUGCUCCAUGAUGGGCAGCUGGGGCCCUGCGAUCGCCAAGACCAACGGCACUGUCUUCCAGCUGCGCGCUCUGGACUGGGGCACGGAUAGCCCUUUGACCAACUACCCUCUGCUCCUCGUUUCGCACCCGCAGGCAGGCGACGGCAACGAGUUUGCCUCCCUCGCCUGGAAGGGCUUUAUUGGCUCCAUCACUGGCUACUCGCACAAGAUGGGCGUCUCUGAGAAGGUGUGGGCUGGCUACAACGAAACCUCGUCGCGCGCCGGCAUUCCCUUCCACUUUUUGCUCCGUGAUAUUGCGCAGUACGACCGCUCGCUUUCUGACGCCAUCAACCGCAUGGUCAACAACCCCCGCACCUGCGCCAUCUUUGUGGGCAUUGGCAGCUCGCACGACAACCAGUUCCGUGCUUGCGAGUAUUCCAACCCGAGCCUCAACGUUUUUGACGAUGUCAACUACCCGACCUAUGCCAACCACCCGCUGAUGGAAGGCCUUGUCUUUGUCGACAAGCAUGUCCAGCCUAGCAACGACCCCUGCAUGACGUCGUUGGUGACCGCCAACUACGGCCAGCUCGAUGCUGAGACCAUUAUCCGCCAGGUCAUCGGUCCGUUCCAAACUGGCGAUCUGCAUGCUGCUGCAUACGAUUUUGGCAACAACGUCAUGUAUAUUGGCGUCGCUUCCAACACGACUUCGGGCGUUGUCGUUCCCGCCUACGCGCGCCCCUUCCUUAAGCUGGACAUGAGCCAAAUUCUUGCACAGCAGCUCGUUGAGCUUUAAUUGGAGUUUUUUUUGGGUUGUUCGUCUUUUUCGUCGAGACGCCGCGGCUCUUUUUUGUGCCGUGGCUUGCUUCUCAACAGGUCUCUCGCGAAUUGGUGCGUUUGAUUGUUGUUUUUGGUUUGUGAAAGAAAUUUACAUUUGUUUUGUUGCUUGCA